ACCCACGGGCGCUUGCGCAGCUCACAUGUUUUAGCAUGCAGGACGAUUAGCUUGCCUCUUGUUAAGUUAAUUUAGCAAUUAGUAAGUCUUUCUACGAGCGUAACAUAGCUGUAUGAUCACGCAGUAUUAUGCUUUUACUGUAAAAUUGUUUCAUUUGUCAAUUUGGUUUUUUUUAAGUUUCGGAGUGACUUUCGUGGUUUCGGUGAAAGUCAUGGCUAAUUUGUCAAAUUACGCCAGUCGCAUGGCGCGACUUAGUGCACGCAUAUUUGGAGACGUUGUGCGUACUACGGAUUCCAAAUCCAUGAAGGUGGUGCAGCUGUUUAAAGAGCCCCCCUUGGCCCAGAGGAAGGAGGUGUAUGACUGGUAUCCCCAGCACAAUAUUUACUAUUCCUUAGCACAGAAGCUUCGAUUCAUGGGACUGUUCAGAGAUGAGCAUGAAGACUUCAAGGACGAAAUGCGACGUCUCAAGAAGCUGCGUGGGAAAGGAAAACCCAAGAAAGGAGAAGGAAAGAGAGCAUUAAAGAAGAAAUAGGCAAAAUCCUAGUAUACAAGGACCUUUUCAUAGGAGAAAACGUCAGCCAUCUGGAAGAUGAACUGUAUGGAAAUGGAUUGCAGCACAUUCCUUUUGAAUGUAGUGACUUCUGUGUUGCUGAAUUCUCUGUACAUGUUCAGUACAUGUGUCUGAAGAUUUUAAUUAUCCUUGGCUUGUAUCUUUUUUGGAUUAAAUAUUCACUAUCAUUCAA